AUGUCCUCCGCCUACGGCGCCAUCCCCCCACCCCCCGCGACCACUCCCCUCCCCCUCCCGCACUCUUUCAUCCUCCGCAACGGCACCUUCGCCAUUCUCACAUCCUUCAAUCCAACCUCAGAUUCCCACCUCCUCCCCGUCCUGCGCGGCUUACUGAACGCAGAGAUCGAGAAGGGAGACACCUACCCGCAGGAGCAGGUGCUGCAGGAAGCGGAGUUUGAAGCCUACUUCUGUAGCGGAACCGUGUUUCUGGCUAGGGUUGCGGGCGAGGGGGGGGAUGUCAUUGGGUGCUUUUACGUCAAGCCGAAUUUCCCCGGCCGCUGCUCGCAUAUCUGCAACGCCGGGUUCAUCGUCUCCCCCAGCUACCGCAACCUCGGCGUCGGGCGCGCGCUCGCGGAGCUGUUCCUCGUCGUGGCGCCCAAGCUGGGUUACAAGGCCUCUAUGUUCAAUCUGGUGUUUGAAAGCAACACGCCCUCGAUCCGCCUCUGGCGCUCGCUCGGGUUCCGUGAGAUUGGACGGAUUCCCAGGGCCGGGAGGUUACGGCUUCCCGUUGGGAAUUCCACGACGACCUCCGAGGUGGAGUCUGGAACAACGACCGCGGGUGGGGUGGGCGAGGUGCAGGAGACGUAUGUGGACGCGUUGAUGUUUUAUUAUGAUUUUGCGGAUUUAGAGAGGGCGGCGUAG